GCACACCGUCCGGACAGGGACAUGUACCACAAGCUGGGCAAGAAGAGAAACAAGAUGUGGGAAUAUCUGUUCCAAGGUCCACCCAAGUCGCCAUUCGAGCAUGACUACAUAGUUCGCAAAGCGAUGGCACAGGAAGCGUAUGGCGGCUACCAUAAAGCGCAGGUGGGUGCGUUUGCGAUAUUCGUGGCGAGAUGUGAACAAAUGAAGUUCGCAGCAUAUAAGGCAAUGCUGACGUACAAAGAGUACAGUAACAUUGCCAAAACAACGGAUGCAUGGAAUCCAAUCGAGAGCGACGAGGAGACUGAAACAUCAGACCUCGAAAUCGAAGAGCGAGUGAAACGUUUGCAAGAGGGAAUGCAAAGUGUGCCUGCAUGCAGCGUGCCGAACGAGAAUCCAGAGGAAGGUCGCACGAAAUCGGGAGGUGCGAGCAGUCCAACAUGUGACGUGACCGACAGGGCGAGUUCCAUCGAAGAGAUGCAAACGGAUUCGCCUACGCCCCUCAGAGGACUUGAGAAUGCAUUGAUUCAUGGCAAUCGUCACGGGUUCCAGAGGAGGCCUCGCACUCUUCAAGGAAACACGGAACACAACAUGCUAGCAGACGCCGAUGAGGAUGACUUGGCGGUUCCAGAUGCCGUUCAGCAGCUGAUGCCCGGUGAUGAUAUUCCCGAUCGCAUUGUGCAGGCCAGCGAACGACCGUACUUCAUUGAAGACAAGGUGCUAGAAACGACGUCUGAGAAGUGGGGGCAUCACGUUUUGUGGCAUAUAGACGUAUUCGAGCCAUGCAUUUUCAAGGGGGAGUGGAUGGUGGCACUGCAUCUAACAUCAGGAUGGAAAGUCAAACCGAGACUGACAGAAGUACUGUGGCUGAAAGUGGCGAAGAGCGAAAUCACUUUCCGUGUCAGGCGAGAAAACGACGGAGCGGACGAGACAGCUAUUGAGGAGAAGGCUCAAUUGCUUUUCAAUUCUCUGCACUCCAACAAUCAGCUGGAAUAUAAACACAAGUUUUGUAACUUGCCUUCAAGCCGGUCAUACAAGACCAUCGAUUGGAAGAUCGAACUUCAUCCUGCGUGCCAAGGCAUAGAGACAAUCCAGUUGGGAUGCUCACAGCUUGGAGGGCAGUCGACGACGCACUUCGCUGCCAGUGUUGGGGAAGCGAUGAGUCAAACCAAUGUCAAGAUAAUGGGGGUGGACAAAGGAACACGGAAUGUCGACAAAGAUCCUUCGAACGUCGCAUCAUACGGGCCUCCUCUAAUAACUCAGGUGGAAAACCAGAGUGCAACGCAGAGGGAGAGCCUCACUCCUUCCACAAACAUGGCGGUUUCAGAUGGAAUGCAACAAGGUAGGUAUGUAGAACGUGCAAGUGAGGUGCAAAAAGAUUCCGAUGAGAUGAUAAAAUUGCUGGAUGAGGCGGAGAAGGACGGGAAGAGGAAGUUAGACGGAUGAACCACGUCCCACACUAUGAUUAAUUGUAUAUCGUUAAGCGAUGAAAGGGGUAGACGUACAUGUAGACGGACGUGAUGACAAUGAGGAUGCAAGAGACAAUGUCGAUGAACAGAAGGUAGUGGAUGACGGAGGUCAACUUGCGAGACGAUCGACAAGAGAAAUAAAGAAAAAACACCCGA